GAAAAAAACGGGCACAGCGAACCUGAAGCAUCACGACCCCGAACAGGAGCACACAUGGGAGAAAAACAACAGGAGCUACUCCUACAUGGGAUCGUGCCAGCGGUACGCGGAGUACGCGGUACACGGCCAUCGCUUUUAAAAUCUUGUGCAAAGCGGCAAGUGGGCGACGAAAAAACAAAGCCGAAAAGGGGAAGAAAGGGGGGGCUUCAGCGAGAGCUCAUCUUCUUCCUUCCUUACCUACGUGCGAUUCCUCUUCUCUUCCGCGCCAUUUCUUGAUCCCCGUCAUGGCAGGUGAUAUUGUGACGGCCAUUGUUUUCGCGCUGGCCGCCGCGGUGCUGGGCGGCCCGGAGGCGCUCCGCCUGUUGCAGGACGUCGCCGGGAAGAACCCCGCCGCCGACGUCGCCAUCAUCGUCGGCGCCAUCUGCGCCGUCACCUCCGCCGUGCUCGGCGCCAUGCUCCUGGUGCGCUUCAUCCGCGUCGCGGGCGACGCUCCUGACCGGGCCACGGAGCGCUUCGCGCGGGUGACCCUGACGGUGGCCUUCGCUGCCAUCUUCCUCGUCGCCGGCUGCCUCCUCGCCGCCCCCGCCGCCGACAAGUUCGCCAGCUCCGCCUGACGCGCGGGGGGCGCGCGCUCGGCCGCCCGGCGGAUUCGGGCGCGGCUGCAACUACGAGAAGUCGAGAAGCUGCCCGCGCCGCCGACCUGUGGUGCGCCGUGCGCGGCGAGCCCCGGUGCUGGUAGCCUGGUACAGUGGUACUACUCGACGUUUUACUACGGCUCCAUCAUCUGUGUGUGUGUGUGUUUUUUUUUUUGCUGUUUUUCUGUGGUAGUCUUGUGAUGUUAAUUUGCGAAUGUGAGUGAUAUUCUGAGAUCACUUGAUAUGAUUCUUGAAUAAGCUCAAUCAAUUGGAACAGAGUUAUAGGAUUUUGUGAUCUUUCUUGCCGGUCCGAUUUGGGGACUUGGGUGAACAUAUCGGAGACAGUGAAACUGGAGAUAUUCAUAUUCAUCACGGAAUGUCCCUGGAUGAUUUCAUCUCCUGAUGCGUCUGUUUUAGUUCUUUCCCUAAUGCCAUAUGCACAUAUCUUUAUGUUACUA